AUGCAUCGCGAAAAUCUUGAAGAACGAGUACAAAAUUGUUUUGUGGGAACUUAUAUGCGAACGGCUUAUUAUGGUAAUGCUGCAAGUCGAAUAGUCAGUGUUUUUAACAGCUUUAUCGAGUCUGCUCUUAAAGAUGUACCGAGUGAUUUGUUCGAUCACAGCACUGAAGGUGUUGAAUCUCUUUUUGAAUUAGGCAACAAGCUUCGUUCAAAGACAAUUGAUUUAAGCACAAAUGAUAGUUCAACCUCAAGCAAAAAAGACGUAAAAGAGUGUAUUAAGGAUCAAGCUAACGCACUAAAUUGGUUCAAUACUCAACAAAAAGUCGAAAAAGUCGAAAAGUCGAAAGAUGAAAAUAUGUUGUGGGAAAAACUUAAAGAAGAACUCAAAAAAGAAAUAUUGCAGUUGGUUGACGAAAAAGUCAAAGUCGAAGUUUCGAAACUUGACGAAAAAAUUGAGAAAAUUGAAAAACAUGUAAAAAUUGAAAAAGUCGAAAAAGUCGAAGAAAAUUUGGACUCAAAAGUUGAGACAGUCGAAAAUAAAGAAAAUGAAAUUUUAGAAAUGAAAGAUGGGAAUGUACCCAAAAUUCCAAUAGAUCCAAUUUUAUUAGAGAAGGCUAAGCAAACUAACACUGUCGAAAUAAACUCAAAAAUAGAAUUGGAUACUGAGAAUGAUGACACUACAAAUGAAAAUGUCGGGACAUCAAACAAAUCUAAUGCCAUGUUACCCUGUGGAACGCCGACAAUUGAAAAUCCAUUUCUACACGUAGUAAAAAGCGCAAAAUACGUCAACGGGGAACUCGUAGUUGAAAAAUAA